AUGGUCAGCAAGCUAGCAGUUGGGCUUUACCUAUCCAGAGGGCAAGAGUUUGCAUCUCGUCCGGAGUUCUUGUUUUUACAAAGUAAUACUCGAAAAAGGCCUGUAUUUUUUGGACCUGAAGACCCCGAUCCAGAACGACCGUCGGCUGAGCACCGGCUCGAUGCACAGUAUCAGGAUUUUUAUUUUGCCAAGGUGCUGCUCGGCGCUGCAGAGAUACCAGAGCCAUCACUGAAGUCUGAAAGGGACCAAACGCCAACUGGCGCGGGGAUGUCGCCCGUGGGCCAAUCUGAUACGGCGGGCACCCUGACCAAUGCAGGCAUACAUGUGUUGGUGCGAGGCUGCACGCAUCAGGUGUCUGGCACCUCAAACACGCCGACCCUUGAUUUAUGUAUAAAGUAA